UCAUCCCCAUCACAAUUCGGUAAUAAAUCACAUUCGUCCCGUUCUCUAUCUCGGUAUCUCCAUUCCCGAACAGAAAAAAAAGGAACACACACACAGGCGGACGCGUAGAGCCCAAUCCCCGCAGGGCCGAGAUCCCCGCCCCACUCCUCCGGACAACCGCCGCCGACUCGCCGGCCCUCGCCGCCUUCCGCGUCGCCGGCACCGCCGCCGUAGUACGUUGCAGGGCUUCGUGUGCUGUUCCUCACCAGUGCCGUCUAAGAUGGUGUCCUUUGAGAUGAAUGACCUUAAGAAGAUAGGGCUAGGCCUGACAGGCUUUGGAGUAUUCUUCUCCUUCCUGGGAAUCGUUUUCUUCUUUGACAAGGGGCUUAUUGCUAUGGGCAAUAUACUCUUCCUGUCAGGUUUGGGUUUGACAAUUGGUCUGAAAUCAACUAUGCAGUUCUUCACAAAGCCUAAGAAUUACAAGGGUACCAUCUCAUUUGGCGCAGGCUUUUUCCUGGUUCUCAUUGGAUGGCCUUUCUUUGGCAUGCUCUUAGAGGCAUAUGGUUUUAUCGUGCUCUUCAGUGGAUUCUGGCCAACACUCGCAGUUUUCCUGCAAAGGAUUCCUAUCCUUGGCUGGAUUUUUCAACAACCAUUUGUCACUUCGUUCCUUGACCGUUACAGAGGGAAACGAGUGCCGGUGUAGUAUCACUUCGCGCUAUGUUUCUUAUGAUGUAGCAGCUGAAGUUUUUUUCCUUCCCUGGGGAUAACAGCAAGUAGUUGUGCCAUCCUGGCCUUUCCCUUUGCCUGUUUACUUACUGGUGACUGUCCUUUGUAAAUUACACCCCUGGAUGGUUUUAUCAAAGACCAAGAUGCAAAUUGUCCCAUGGUAUGGGCUGAAGAAACUUCAUAAGCGAACCCGGACGAUUCAAAUAUGUAGCUGUAGAGGGAUGCUGUUGAAGUAGAAGCUACAUCCUAUCCGUCUCUUCUGUACUUAUGUUCAGAUAUAGAUAUUCUGUUCUCUCCAGUCUUGAGCUUGUGUUUGCUUUAUUUUUGUGCGCGCUUCAUAGCUUGAAGAAAGUCAAAUAUGUGCUGGAACUGAAAUUAAUUCAUGAUUCAUACAAACUUUGGAACUUUGUGGUUC